GUGUCUUACCAAGAAGAAUUCUCUCAACAAGAAGCCCACAUAAAAUAUUUUCCAAGUAAGGAUGGCCCACAUCUUGUGCAUUUUGGCACUUUUGUGUUUUGCAUCAUGUGUAGCUAAAAAUACAGAGACUGAGAAGAGCUUUAAAGACCUCCAGCUCCAGCAAGAUUCAUUGUCAUGGUUUGACAAAUUACAGGACAAUCAGGAAUUGACAAAGAAGCAGAAAUUAGUGGACUUGCUUUAUAAACUUUCCAAAUCCGAAAAUGGAAUAAUCCUCCAAGGACACGCGGACACAGAGAAACAGGAGAAGAGUCGACGUGGACUGGGUGGAACGACUCGCAAAGCUGGCUGCAGAAUAUUUUUCUGGAAGUCCUGGACUUCCUGCUAA